AUGGGACAGCAACGCGUGACGGAGGCGGCUGUGCUAUUAUUGAAGAGGUACAAUGCAUAUUGUUCCUCUGUGCGUGAGAAGGAGCGCAAGCAACUGGAGGAUCAAGCUCCCUUGGAGCUGCUGCCUGUCGCAUUGAAGUCUGUGAAGGAGUACUUGAGGAAGCAUUGUAAUCAGAAAGCAGCAGCUUUCCUAGCCGGUUCGUUGGGCGAGGUAUCGAGAGCAGCAACGCAGGGGCUGAAGUCUACUCUGUUAUCUGAUGACAAUGCUGUAUGGGCCACACGAGUGGAUCUCGAGCCUCCAACCAUCGGGGAGGUGGUAAUAUUGCCUCCCUCGUGUGAAGCGCGACCGUCACCAAAGCGAGAUUGCAACCGCGAGAAGAGGAAAAGGGAGAGGAGGGAGAACAAGGAGGCUGAUGAGCAGAUUAAGAAGGCGGCGCGCCUCGCUCAGCAAUCUGCCUGGCGGGACUCUAAGGGUGAUGUAUCCGACCAACUAAAAUUGGCCGACUUACUACAGGGCCGUCAGAACCGUGCUCUGCGCACUCUUGAGGCUCUCGAUAUAGAGCGGGAGCGUCGGAAGCCUGGAGACCCUCAGCUAUGCACUGCAUGCGGGCAGUAUAGGGGGAAGAAGUACAAAGGCCCGAACGGCCAGCCCCAUUGUGUCAUCGGUAGAACGGGUCGAGGAGGGAGGCUGUGGUAUCCCUAUGUUGACAGCAUGGAAGAGCUUGAAGCUGAUCUUGCCAUAAGAAAGAAGAAGAGUGAGAGUAUGUGUCGCGAAGUGGAACCAACGCAAGAUGCAAAGUGCAAAGUUUGCUGGGACAACUGCAAGGCUCCAGACCAUCUUGAAAAGAAGCUUGAAGGAUCCUUGAACGAGAAUCCUUCUAGGAUUCUCGUUAAGUGA